GUGUUACAUGUUGGUGGACCGCGUGCCGCGUUUUCCCGUGUCAUUUUGCUGUGUCGAUUUCAACGCUGAUAUUUGUUCAAGUUUCGUCGCUGAGUUGUGGACUUAAAGCGUGGUAAACUUUUCGUCCGAAGCGGCCAAAAACGAUUCUACUCCAACUUACUGUGUGACUUAAUUCAAAGUGUCUAAUCGAUAGAAACGAUUUGCACCCGAGCCCACUAGUCGUUGGUAGCGACCCGAGCGUGAACAAACGGUUCGCGAAAUGCUUGAGUACUUCAAUAUGCUGUGUUGAGACAACUUAUUGUGAGUGUGUGGAAAAUUUGGACUUCGCUUAACUCGCGCCUUUCUGGCUAUCACUGAACAAGGCUAUCAAGGAUUGUCGACCAACAUGUAUCAAAGUCGACAUACGACACCGCAUCAACCUUCCGGCCAACCAUUCAAGUUUACUGUAGCCGAUUCAUGCGAUCGCAUCAAAGAAGAAUUUAACUUUCUUCAAGCACAGUACCACAGCUUGAAGUUAGAGUGUGAAAAGCUAGCAAGCGAGAAGACAGAGAUGCAAAGGCAUUAUGUUAUGUAUUACGAGAUGUCAUAUGGACUCAACGUGGAGAUGCAUAAACAGACAGAGAUAGCUAAAAGGUUAAAUGCAAUCUGUGCACAAAUCAUACCAUUUCUCUCUCAAGAUCACCAACAACAAGUUGCAGCAGCAGUAGAGAGAGCCAAACAGGUGACGAUGACCGAAUUGAAUGCCAUUAUUGGGCAACAGCAACUCCAUCAGGGUCUACAAGGUCUCCAUGGCCAUCCUCCCACAAUACCACUGCCCCACCCUGGUGCCACGCCCCCACAGCUUCCACCUGGGGCUACCUCAGGACUUCUUGCUCUUUCCAACCUGUCAGUUCAGCCUCCUCAUUUGCCUAUGAUGAAACCUGAAGACAAAGAUGGCAUGAAUUCCCUCUCGCCGCUGGGACACAUGCGGUCAUCAGAAAAAUACAGAGCAUCUGACUUGUCAUCACAUGGUAGUGAUGAUGGACACAUGGACAGGGAGCGAGAAAGAGAUAGAGAAAGAGAACGGGAAAGAGACAGAGACAGAGACAGAGAUAGAGACAGAGACAGGGAAAACAGAGACAGAGAACGUGACAGAGAAAGAGACAGGGAUCGCGACAGAGAAAGAGAACGAGAAAGACAUGUUAAUGGAACAAAGAAUAACAGCAAAAGAAAGAGAGAUGACAAAGAUUCAGGGGAAAGUGAUGCAGAAAAAAGUGAUGGUGAUUUAGUUGUGGAUGUCUCCAAUGAGGAUGCUAAUUCUCCCAGAGUAGAAAAUGGACCUGACUCACCCCCUCUAAGUGACAAAAAAGUUAGGAAAGACUCUGGAUCUCCUACCAACCCAUCUUCAUCUUCAUCAACACCUUCAUCCAAACACCCAAAGUCUGAAAGCAAAGCUGUGCUUGAAAGACAAACAUCAGAGACAGGCUCAUCUGGAAGGAAAAGCCCAUCAAGAUCAUCACCUUCGGUCAAAACACCAGUCGCUGCACCAGCUGUGAGGCCAGCAAUGUCCGUACCAGGAGGACCUUACCCAUAUGUCAAUGCUAUUGCUGGUGAACUUUCAAGUCCGACAUCAUUUUCACCCUCAGUGAUGACUCCAGGAAUGUCUGCCAGUGGAAUUGGUUAUGGUAGAUCACUGGUUGGCUUUGAACAUGGUUCCCCUGCGACAAGAGUUGGUAUGCCUCCUCUGGGACCAGGUCUCCCUGCAGGACCCCCAGGGGGUAAACCUGCAUAUUCAUUUUAUGUCAGUGGUGAUGGCCAAAUGCAAGCUGUACCAUUUCCACCUGAUGCGCUGAUUGGUUCAAAUAUCCCACGGCAUGCCAGACAGAUCAAUCAACUUAAUCAUGGGGAAGUAGUCUGUGCUGUCACGAUAAGCCAUCCAACUCGUCAUGUUUACACAGGAGGAAAAGGCUGUGUCAAAGUGUGGGAUAUUGGUCAAAGUAGUGGGAAAAGCCCGAUAUCAACAUUAGAAUGUUUGAGGGAUAACUACAUUAGAUCCUGCCGACUGUUGCCUGAUGGAAGAACAUUAAUUGUUGGUGGUGAAGCUAGUACUCUAACAAUUUGGGAUCUGGCCUCGUCACAACCUCGUAUAAAGAAUGAGUUAACUUCAAAUGCACCAGCAUGUUAUGCAUUGGCAAUAAGUCCAGACUCCAAAGUUUGCUUUAGCUGUUGCAGUGAUGGAAAUAUUGCAGUUUGGGACUUGCAUAAUCAAACUUUAGUCAGACAAUUCCAAGGUCAUACAGAUGGUGCAAGUUGUAUUGAUAUUUCACCAGAUGGGACCAAGUUAUGGACUGGUGGUUUAGACAACACAGUAAGAUCUUGGGAUCUGAGAGAAGGCCGACAACUUCAGCAGCAUGAUUUCACAUCACAGAUCUUCUCAUUAGGGUAUUGUCCUUCUGGCGAUUGGCUGGCUGUAGGGAUGGAGAACAGUAAUGUUGAAGUACUUCACCAGACAAAACCAGACAAGUAUCAGCUCCAUCUGCAUGAAAGUUGUGUUUUGUCAUUAAAGUUUGCCUACUCUGGCAAGUGGUUUAUUACGACAGGCAAAGACAACUUGCUGAACGCCUGGAGAACACCCUAUGGAGCCAGCAUCUUUCAGUCAAAAGAAUCGUCAUCUGUCCUGAGCUGUGAUAUAUCUACAGAUGACAAAUACAUCGUAACAGGAUCAGGUGAUAAGAAAGCAACCCUCUAUGAGGUGAUAUUUUAAAUGUGUGAGGUACAAUGUACCGAUAAAAAUAAACAGGACUGAUUUUUGUCCCUCCUGUGUGAAAUGAAUGGAUAGACGGCACAUCAGAAUCUGCGUCAAGAAGGAUCAAAGUAGGACUGAUUGUGCUAUGUACAUGGAUGUUCUUGCACAAAGUCUGAAAAGCACAUGUACAGAUGCAUUGUUUGGAUGGAGUACGGUUUUUUGUAAGACAUGAUUUUGGAUAGAACACUUUUCACUUGCUUGUAGAGUUCAUCGAGACUUGGAUUGUCAAUAUGUUUGUUGUGUCAGUUAAAGACCCAUGGCCUCAUCUCAUUUCUAGUUACCACAUGGGUGUGUCUUAUUCACAGCUUAUUCCUUCUGUGAAAGGCAUAGCAACAACUAUCCAGUCAUUUCUACUUGUGGAAAAAUAUGUGGAAAUUUUAGUUGUUAUGCUUAAAGUAACUGCCUCAGAGGAGAGGGGAUUGGGCAGUUCACGAAAGAAAGAGUCUACCAGAAUUGAACUAUUAAGUGUGUGAAUUUUGUCAGAUAUCACUCAAAGAAAACUUAGUAUAUGAUGAUAAAGAGUGAAUCUUUUUUAAUGUAAAAUAAGUUUUAAAAGAUUGAGCAUAUUGUAAAAAAAAUCCCCCCAAGGUUAAACAGCUGCCUAGUUUUGCAUGUGCAUAUCUUUCAUGCAUCUUCUUUUGUUAAAGACUGCUAACAUUUGCAAAAACAUUAGAAUUAAAUAAAGUUCUUGGAAUUUGUGUUUGA